AUGUCUAGAAAAAUCGACAACCUACCUGAGCCCGGCAAUAGACAGCCAAUCAAACUGAUCGUCGCUAGCCCCAGUCGAACAGGCACUCUAGGACUCUACCGGGCAUUGCAGAUCUUGGAUUUCAAGCCAUAUCACAUGUUUGAAUGCGUAAUGGUACACGGCGUGCCCCAUAUCGAAGUCCUGCAAGAGGCUGUCUUAGCCCAGCAUAACAGACUCUCUGGCAUUACACGAUAUUCCAGGAAUGAGUUUGACAAGUGGUUCGCAGAGUACGACACCUUGGUGGAAGUCCCAGCUAUGCUAGGCCCUUCGGUCAUUGAGGCUUAUGCGACCGAUCCUGAUGUGAAGUUCCUCCUCACGGAACGAGAGCCUGAGAAAUGGGUCGCUUCUAUCAACAAUACCGCGGGUCCUAUUGUCAAGAAAACCAAGAGUUUCCCUCUCAAUAUUCUGAAAUACUUCGACCAUCCGUUGAACGUGUUUUUGAGUCAAACAGUGCUUGUUUACAAUGUUUUAGCCGACAGCACCCACCCCGGUGGGCCUGGUAACGAGGUUGCUUUGCAGAGGAACUAUACAGAAUAUAGUAUUUCGAUGGUUAAAAGGGUGAUUCCGGCCGAUCGUCUCUGUCAUAUCAGGCUCGAAGAGGGGCUAGGCUGGGAGCAAAUUUGCCCUUUCCUGGGUGUACCCAUCCCGGACCAGGAAUACCCCGACCGCAACGAGCCAGAGAAAUUCCAGGCCCUCGUUCAGGGGCUUGUGAACCCCAUGCUCACCAGGGCGAUGAUCAGAUUUGCCACGGUCUGCAUCCCGGUUGUGGGAGUUCUGGGUUGGGGAAUUAUGAAACAUGGCUCUUCGCUGCCCCGUGCGAUUGCCAAGCCUGUAUUUAACUGGAUUGAGAAAGCUUGA